AUGUCGAGUUCAGCACUGUUAGGAGCUUCAAUGACGGAAGCAGGAGGGGCCAUGAGCGAUGUGGCUCAAUCAACCCGAUCAUCGUUGCUAGAUGUCAUUAUGGCGCGACAUAAUAAUUUAAAGGAUCAAAAAACACAUUCUCGGUUGUUGUACGUUGCAAAGAAGACACAAAAGGAAUUUAGUGAAGGAAGUUUAUCGGAAACAUUUCAUAUGCAAUUAUUCCAGAAAACAGGACACAAAGAAGAUGAUUUCUAUGGAAUAUUAUUUGAAGUUCAAGAGUAUUAUGUACAUAUUUUGGAAGGAACAAAGGAUUGUAUAUUUGACUUUUUACGAAUGCUCAACCGAGCGAAAAACGAAGAUGAUUUUUUGAAAGAGAUAGAUUACAAAAUUCUUUCUGUGAAAAUUCUCUUGUACACUGACGACUCGGGCCCUCUAAGUUUUCCAAGAUGGACCUGCAGAGAAAUUGCUCCUGGCCUUGCUCUAGAGACUGACGAUGAUGAUUUUACAAGUGGAGCACCUUUAACAAAAGAAGAAGAAAAAGCUGGCUUAAUGUGGAUCAUUAAAAUUCAAGAGAUACAUCAACAGCUCCUGGCAUUGGGAAAAAAGGUAAUGGGGCUUGGUAUUCGGCAAAUGUCACUAUUUCUUGAUGGCCUUAAUCAGAAUUUUCCUCAAAUCAUUCCAAGAGAAAGCCACAUCAAAGAACUUUCUAACGAUUGCGAAAUUUGUUUAAACUUAUCGGAAUUCCUUGAAGUGUAUGAUCAACCCAUUACAUUAGAUCUCUAUGGUGAGAAUGUUUGGUAA